UUGCGUUUUCGGCGUCCCCUUCGCUAAAUUCCACCUGUUUGAUAGGCGGAGUAGCUGUGUAUUUAUUAACAGUUAAUUAGACGCAUGAAGGGCUUUGAUGGUUCAUGACGGCGGCUAGCUCGCAGGCUGGCUCUUGAUUUUGGAGGGGAGACACGGAGAGUUUGAUCGAGGCAGAAUGUUGUCCGCCACCGCUGCCAGCGUCGAGGAUUUCAGCCUCAGGUUUCCGCUGCACGCGCUGGUGUGGGAGAACGACUACAGGAAGCUGGAAAAAGAGAUCCAGACGAGUAACAUCGAAGAGGUGGACCCCAGGGGCCGCACGCCCCUGCACCUGGCCGUCUCGCUCGGACACCUGGAGUCAGUGAGAGUGCUGCUCAGACACGGCGCAGAUGUCUCCAAAGAGAACGACAAAAACUGGACCGUGCUGCAGGAAGCGGUCAGCACAGGAGAUCCGGAGAUGGUGCAGCUGGUGCUCCAGAGACGAGAUUUCCUCAAAGCCUCCACUGCGCUGGGCGGCGUUCCAGAGUUACUGUGCAAGAUCCGAGAGUCUUCUGAUUUCUACAUGGAGAUGAAGUGGGAGUUCACGAGCUGGAUUCCUCUGGUCUCGCGCGUGUGUCCCAGCGACGUGUGCAGAAUCUGGAAGAGCGGGGCCUGUCUGAGGGUGGACACCACCCUGCUGGGCUUCGAAAACAUGACCUGGAUCAGAGGAAGAAGAAGCUAUAUCUUUAGAGGAGAAGACAACUGCACUGAGCUGAUGGAGGUUAAUCACGAGGACGAGGUGGUGGACACGGAGCGCUUCGAUCUCUCCCGCGAGAUGGAGGACGUCACGAUGGACUCCAUGCAGCCCGCCGAACAGGAAGUAGCCAAGAGGCUGACGACACCCAUUGUCAACACAUAUCUGGACACAAAGAACAUUGCGUUUGAAAGGUCUAAAUCCGGUAUCUGGGGUUGGAGGUCGGACAGGACAGAAGUGGUAAACGGAUUUGAAGCCAAGGUUUUUUCAGUGAACAACGUGAACGUUGUGAUUCGCACCAGGACGGAGCACCUCACAGACGAGGAGAAGGCCAGGAUAAAAAGUGAGAGGAAUGUUCUGGAGUCUUUACUCGGGACGGUAGAGCAACAGAUCGGCGCUCAAGGGGACAUGACUAUGGAGUAUGCAACUGCCACAAACCCCACAGCUAUUACUCCAGAGGAGUACUUUAACCCCAACUUUGACCUGCAGGGCAGAGACAUCGGUCGGCCCAUUGAGCUCACCAUCAGAACGCAGAAGUUUAAAGGCACCCUGUGGAUGAGCGAAGAGCAUCCUCUGUCUCUGGUGGAGCAGGUCACUCCCAUCAUUGACCUGAUGGCUCGCACCAGCACUCACUUCGCCCGACUCAAAGACUUCAUCAACCUCAGGUUUCCUCCUGGCUUCCCUGUGAAGAUCGAAAUCCCUCUGUUCCAUGUGUUGAAUGCCCGCAUCACAUUCGGAAACGUCAACAAGUGCAGCACAGACGAACCUUUGGACUCCAACCAAUCGGCUUCUACACCCACACCUACAGAAGAGAAGUGCGACGGCCAGGCUUCAGGAUCCGCUCCGUUCAAGGUGUGUCAGUCUGUGUUCGUGGCACCGGCGCACUAUCACCAUCGAGGGGGCUACCGGCACGCCAACGCACGCCAUUACAACCCCGUCAGUCACGACGAGGAGCUGCUCCAGUACGCCAUUCACCAGAGUCUGCUCGAGUCCAGUGCACUCAAUUCACAGGACACUUGGAGUGAUUCUGAUGGACCGCCAACACAAUCCAUGAUGAAUCGCUUGAGCGAUGGGUCUGGGUCUGAAGGAGUCUUGGUAGACCUUAGUGACACCACGCCCUCGAGCCCAGGCUCCACCUCCAGCCCCGACUCUGAGCUGCGAUUGGCUAUGGAGCUCUCCACCCGGGCUCAGGAGGAGGAGGAAAAGAGAAGGAAGGAGGAAGAAGAGGAAUUACAGAGGAUUUUACAACUCUCCUUAACAGAAAAGUGAUCGAGUAAGACGAGGGAAGGAAGGAAAAAGGGAGUUCCUGUUAUUGCCAUAACCAUUAAACCUUUUUAUUUAUACCUUUCUUCAGAUUCACGCACUUCUCUGUUGCCACUGACAUAUUCACAUGUAUUCGGUUUGCAGCCAACGUCCCGAAGUUUCUACCGCUUUCGUGAUCAUCCAUAGAGCAUUUUCCCACUUUCUUUUCCUCUUUCAGAUGAGCGAUCAUGCAUGUAUUUUACAGGACAUCCAGUGCUUUUGAGAGUUUGCACGUCCCGAUCGAGUUUCAUCGCUGGUUUUGACGGAAAGGAAGGUUGUUUCGCAUCAACGUUAGCUUUAGGUUUAUAUCAAUACUAUAUCUCAGGGUCAAACUGAUAUCCACCAGUCGUCGGUUCCUUUAAAGCCAUUUUAUACGCAGCCAAGGAAAGCGAAGGAAACGAAUGUUUUACGCACGGCGGUACCAUUUUCAGCCCGCUCCGACUGAAGCAUCUCUACCGUAAAGGCAAUAAACCACACCGCCGUGCCUCGCCGGAGUAAGAGGCACUCACGCAGACCGGGAUAUUUCCGAAAGGGCCUGUCCGAUGUAAGCCGAUACGCCUCAAGCUUUUAGUCGGCCUGAUUUGUAAAACGAUACAAUAAAACCGUUUCGAUGGCCGCGGGCAUGUAGUGACGCGAGGGAUGAAUGCGGCAGCACUGGGUCGCUUUGCCGGCACCGACCAAACCUCAUGCUUCUCUAGAGGAACGUGCGAUGGGAAAACCAGUCCGUGGGAAUGUGUGCGGUUGGACGGCAUUGUUUGCCGAACGAGGUUCAGGUGUGGUAAAAGCGGAGGAACCGGCCCUGCUCUGUUCGGGGGAAUCUCGUGCCGUUCCUUCCUGUUGUAGCUGACAGUGCUAUUUAUUCCGCAAAUGUCUUUUUUUUUUCAUUGAUAUCUUUAAUGUACUUCUGUCGACGUGUUUUUAAAGCUCUGCGAGGCUCAAAAGACGUCUCGAGCAUUGGCUUACGGCUUGCAGUAUCUCACUCACGACUUUUUGUAUGAAGCUCGAACCCAUUUUAACCGUAUCUUCUGUCACCUCAUCGUAUGUGAUUUAAUAGACAUUUUAUAUUGCUUUAGUCUUUCUGUAGCGAACCAGGAUCUGAGGAUAGUGCCACGGUCUCACGUUUAUAAUAGGGAUGUUUUAUAUUAACAUUGAUUCUAGUUUCCUGUAUUUAUUCUUAUGCUGCGUUUAAAUAAGAGAGCAGAAUAAAUCGGAUGUUCUGGCUGCGGUUUUCCACGUGUCGUGAUUCCUGGACACAAAAUUCCACUUCAUCUUUUUAUUUAAAAACCUCAUUUAACUUUUGGUGUUUGGGUGUAAGUCUUAACUCGAACUAAUUGCCAAAAUGUUUAAUGGUCUCUGCCGGGUCAGGGUUAAUGUUGAUUCUCGGUCAACUGUCAUUAGACGGUAUCCUCUUUGAGCAUGUUGAAGAAAUCCUGAAGGCAUUUGUAAACUGUGAUGUAUAUUUCUCUCUCUCACACACACACACACACACACACAAAAAUGUUUUUACUUUAAUAAAAGCACUUUAUUGAUGUUUUGGCGCUUCAUUAACUGUGUGACAGUUGCAUAGCAACACAUUAAAUAAUAAAGGUAUAAAAGCAA